GACGUCGAUCCUGAUGUGGAGUCGGCUCUCGAGUAUCUUCAGAUGCUUCAGGAAGGCGGCAUGUUCGCUGGCAAGGAACCGCUCUUGGCAAAGAUGCAGGAGCUGGCGAAGCAGGGGGUCCAUCCGAUGGAGGUCCUUCAGUCCAUGCGAAGGGCGCCCACGGAGGAGAAAAUGGAACCCGUGCUGGCUAGCUUUGACCUCGAGGGAAUUACCAGGUACAUAGCCGAGAAAGCCUGCAAGAAGAUUGUCGUGAUGUGCGGCGCCGGAAUCUCCACCUCUGCAGGGAUCCCAGAUUUCCGGACGCCUGGCACUGGCCUCUACGACAACCUCCAGAGGUUCAAUCUGCCGCAGGCCGAAUCCAUCUUUGAAUUGCGCUUCUUCCGGGACAACCCCGGGGCUUUCUACGAGCUAGCGCGGGAGAUGUGGCCGGGAAACUUCGAGCCAACACCGGCUCACUAUUUCAUUCGACUGCUCCACGACAAGGGCAUCCUGCUGCGAUGCUACUCCCAAAACAUCGACAGUCUCGAAUGUCGAGCUGGGCUGCCAGCAGAGAAGCUAGUGGCAGCCCAUGGUAAUUUCGAUGCUGCGCACGUCAUCGACACGGAGCCAGAGGUAUUGGUCGACAUUAACGAGCUCAAAGCGGCUUUGGACAAGGGCGAGGAGGGCUGGCGGCAGCUGAGGGCGGAGAAGGGCGGUCUCGUGAAGCCCAAGAUCGUCUUCUUCGGAGAGGAGCUGCCCGAGAGGUUCGCCCAACUUCACAGAAGGGAUCUGGCCGCCUGCGAUCUGCUCAUCGUCAUGGGAACUUCCCUGGUAGUGCAUCCUUUCGCGGGCCUCGUGGGCUACACCGGCCGAUCGGCCCCACGAAUGCUGAUCAACCGCGAUCCUGCGGGCACCUGCGAUGAGCUCCGGAUGGGCUUUCGAUUCCAUCUUGAGGGCGACCAGAACUGGAGAGACGUCUUCCACAAGGGCGAUUGCGACUCCGGCUGCCGGGCCCUGGCAGAAGGCCUGGGUUGGAAGGAAGAUAUGGAGAGCCUCAUCGACUCCAAAG